UCCGAUUCAGUCUGCAUCCGACCGCCGCGAGUGUCGCGUCGUGAAGCUGUGGUCGAACUUCGGGGGGGACACGAGACUCCAAUACGAGUCAGAGUCUAUACGAGUGCUCAUAGUACAACAUCGCGAUCCCGUAUCCUAUAUCUAAAUCGUAUACCUAUCGGUUAUACGUCGUAUUCGCUUCUCAACCCUUGAGUCGUGAGCCGCAAUACGAGAGAGAAAAGAACUGGUGAAAAAUCGUAGUCGCGUGUAUUGGUGUUAUAUAGAGAGGGAGAGAAAGAGAGAGCGGGUCACUGAACGACCGUACGAAGGUAGAAAGAGGGAGAACGAGAAAAUAAAAGAGGGACGGAGAGGGAUUUUCGUCGCGACGUAUACAUACGUAUAUACACGUGCGAAACCGAGGAGAGACGUGAAACACGCGCGUGCGCACCCGCGUAUCACACAUAUACACAUAUAUACGAAAAAGAGGGAGAGAGAGAAAUAACGACGACACGGCGCAGGAAGAGGUAAGAGAACCAGUGACACCGGGAGGGUCGGGUGUUCCUCGUGCAAAACCGCCACCGGAAUAUAUGUCGUGAGUGUGCGGCCGAAGAUCCGCGGAUAGAGGCCGGCCGAUAGUGCGUUCCGGGGUUUAAGAAGGGAAAAAAAGGCGAAGACUCUCUCGGUUGAAAAGCAAUGCGGGUUCAUUGACUGCGUGCCGCGCAAUGGCCGCAUGUUCGUGGCCGAUGCACAGUGCAUGUGUGACAGGAGCUACGAGGAGGACGACGCCGAGGACGACGAGGCCGAAGAUACCGGCUACGACCAAUAUCAAACUCGAGACCUACUGAAAGUUCUUCUUCUUCUCCUUCUUCGGGUCCCUACAUGAUCGAGAAACUCAUCUCGAUCACAGGCAGCGAUAACAGAGAGGAGCACUGGAAUUUUUCGUGCUUUUUACACAGUCGCAGCCGAUCUCCGCAGAACUCUUCCACGGAACGCUGCACCUGCAAGGAUACUGCUAAUUUACCAGGACUCGUCAACAAACGCAAAACUUCGCUACGUUUUCGCUCGAAAUUUCACGAACUUUCAUAGUUAAUCUCUUAAUCUCCGAUUCCGACGACUCUACCAAAGACACAAAGAAUUCUGACGAGAACUUGAACGAUCUCAUUUAAAUUAUCUUUGAGAAAAGAUCACAAAUAACACGCUGAUUCACUCGGAACCAGUGCACCGUGCACCGUACAUCAGCUUUAUAUCGAUCGGUUCGUUCGCUUCUAAAUUUUAUUCGGACUUAAUGCUCGCGACUAGGUGUUUGGACAGAAAAUCGGCACGGAGUCGCGGGAAUAGCUGGCGAAAAUGUUCGUUUGCUGACGAGAGACAACAGCAGGGAACUGAUCGCGGUGGAAAAUCGUCGUUGGAGAUCGCGUUGAACGUGUCGAGGUGGCGGGACUUAGGUGAGGAUAUUCCGUCGCGUUUGACGUCGUUGUCGUCGUCGUGGUGCGUUGUUCAGCCUGUGGUUCGGCAGUGAGAGAAAGAUAAGAGAGAGAGGCGGGCAGCUAUAACCGACAACCACACGGUGGACAUGAUUAUUUCAAAGGAUCUGUUCCUCUUUGGCGACCAAGAUUACCUGCGCCUUCCCAGCAACGAGAAGCGCCAGCAACGGGCAAUGGGCCGACCGAUCAUCAAUGCUCCCAGAGUGGAAAGCUCAGCGUUGCAGUUGGUGUACCCGCUGGAUUCUCGUCCGGUGCAGCUAAUCUUCCGGGGGUUGCAGGUGGUCAAGGAGAAACGAGCCCUCCUCCGAGAUGUCUCGGGCGUUGUUAAACCUGGCGAACUUUUGGCCGUCAUGGGCCCCUCAGGUUGCGGCAAAACGACGUUAUUGAACUGCCUGUCAGGCCGUGUAGGCGUGGACGGGGGUGAAAUCUGGCUGAAUCGUGAAAGGCUGACGAAAAGAUGGCGCAGAAGAAUCUGUUACGUGCAACAGCAGGACGUUUUCUUUCCCGAUCUCACAUUACGACAGACUCUCGAGUACCAGGCGAGGCUCAGGCUUCCGGACACGUUCUCGCACUCCCAGAAGAUGCAGUGCGUGGAUCAUAUCAUCGAGGUCCUCGACCUCGCCGCCUGCCAAGACACCAUUAUCGGGGAUUAUACGAAACGAGGACUGUCCGGCGGCGAGAAGAAGAGGACGAGCAUAGCCUGCGAACUUCUCACCAAUCCCUCGCUCAUGUUGCUCGACGAACCAACGAGCGGACUGGACUCGCAUUCGGCACAAGGACUGAUUUCACGAUUGAAGAAAUACGCUGAACAAGAAGGCAAGAGCAUCGUGGUAACAGUGCAUCAGCCCAGUUCCAGGAUGUUCCACAGUUUCAGCAAGAUCCUGCUGUUGAGUCAUGGCCAGGUGGCAUAUUAUGGCCCUACAACGAAUAUUGGCAGGUUCUUCUCUACGAUUGGACUCACGCUACUGCCACACUAUAACCCUGCCGAUUUUAUACUGGAGCAAAUAAAGGGGCCAGAAGAGGUUCGCGAGCGCAUCGUGGCCGCGGCGAGGAACACGAGACAGGGACCUGACUGCCCGCCAGAACUUCGUCCGGAGUACAAUCCAAGCCAGCAUCCGCUUUGCGACCAUCUGAUCCAUUAUCACGAACACCACAUCAGCCACAACGUGAAAGAAGACGAAGGUCGUACGCUGUGGUUGGACACACAAAGCCAUGCCAGCAGCAGUGCCAGUUCUGCGGACGACGACUAUGCCUGGCAGUGGCCCACCAGUUUCUGGUCGCAAUUUAAAGUAUUAUCAGAAAGAAACUUUCAAGAGGCACGGCCACGAAUGCUGUCUCGUCUGAAUUGGCUGCAAACGAUAGCUCUCGGCUUACUCGCUGGACUGUUGUGGCUAGGGCUUCCCAGAACAGAAGCGGCACUUCAUGAUAUCCAAGGCUGGAUGUUCUUCAGCACCACGUACUGGAUGCUCUUCGCGCACUUUGGUGCACUCUCCAGUUUUCCUCCAGAACGCGAGGUGAUCAACAAGGAGCGACUGUCAGGAUCGUAUCGGCUCUCGGCCUAUUACUUGGCGAAGAUGGUCGGCGAGCUGCCGCUUACGAUUACGUUGCCCGCGGUCUACCAUAUCAUUAGUUACCCGAUGUUGGGCUUCCACAAUCCGGCAGUUUUCGUCACCCUGCUGGCGUUCCUCUUACUCAACACCGUCGUCGCGCAGAGCGUGGGAUUCUUCGUUGGUGCAUGUUGUCUGGACCUCCAAGUUAGUAUAACUGCGUCCGCGCUUUACACGCUCGCCACACAAUUGCUUGGCGGUUAUUUGGCGACGGCGGUUCCGCCAUGGCUGGCAUGGGCCAGAUACGCGAGCAUGGUGCACUAUGCCUAUCAAAACAUGCAGAUUCUGGAAUUCGGCGUCGGUGAGCCGAUCACAUGCUCGCAGCCGAGCAAGUUCCAAGAGUGCAGGAACUCGACGACUAUACCGGUGUCUGCGAUUCUAGAAAGCCAGGGCGGCGCCAGGGGUUCCGGUCUUCCACUAUGGGCGAACACGGCCGUCCUCCUGGCGUUCCUAGUGAUAUUCCGCACCCUGGGCUACCUGGUGUUGCGCUACUAUCGCGUGCCCAAGUGAAACGGCGUACGAUGAGAAGAACCGCCUUUCUACUGCCGCCUUAUCCACGAAAUGUUGGAUCAUGGCCGCGAUCGACGGACGUCGGGACGGCCUCGCUACGCUAACGGGAACGUCAUCAUCGUCGUCGUCGUCAACAUCGUCGUCGAGCUUCCCUUUGACCCUUCGUUUCGCCCACGGGCAGCGACAAAGUAGCUCGCGAAACCGAACGGAACAACCCGAACAGAAACCGCGCGCGAAAGUUUAUUUUUCCAGGAUGCCACUGGUCGUCUCGAGACGGCGCAGGGCUUGGAGGUGGUGGUGAAAAGAUAAUCCUCGAACUGGCACGGGUACGUUUUACACCCUCGUAAUCAUUUUCCUACAGAAUUAGGUUCGUCGAAUCGAACGAAUCAAGCGGUUCGAAAGAAGCUGAAUCGAACAAAAGAGAUCGAGUCGAACUGCAUAGUAGGACGGUUGAGAUUGCAGCGGGGAGAACGCGAUCGGAAAGAGGAAUUUUUAGAUUUUCUUCCUCUGGCAGAAACGUUGUGUCGUACGCCUGUUCCGUGUAUUAUAUUUUGAGGAGUAGAAUGAAUCUUCAAAGGGGAGAGACUCGAGGGGAGACAAUUAGUCGAAGAAACUUUCUAGAAAGCGGAAUAGCUUGCCGAUUUUUCUGGGAUUUUUCUCUUUUCAACGCCGCCUACCAAUCUAUUGAUACCGCUAUUUUAAUUACCGAGCGAUUAGCUACUAUUUUUAUUAAUUGUACACGCAUCUCGCAGAAUAGAAUACCUCAGACAGACAGGGAAAACCUAAGCGACCUAAGCGAAACGAGGGGUUAACAAAGAAAAGAAAAAAAAGAAACCAAGAUAAUAGGGGUUGAUAGAGAGCGGAGAAAUAUAGGGGGUUUCCGCUCGUUCCCGCUAGCGGCGGGCGAUGAGAUAGAACGCGCGAAAACGCGUGAUCAAGAGACUUGGCGAAGACUAUACAUAAGAUUGUACACGUAGAGACUUUAUAUAUAUAUACAUAUAUAUAUAUAUAUAUAUAUAUAAUAGAUAGAUAGAUAUACAUACAUAUAUCACGCUAUCACGUGAAGUAAGAGGAAUACGAGAGAGGGUGGAUGAACACGAGAAAGAAUGCGGAGGAAACUCUUCUGUUUUAAUUUCUUGCGGAAACAAGGGUAUAAUGAUAGAGGAAAGAAUGUCUGUAUCUGUGUGUUUACGUAUAAAAAUGCGAAAGUAUGUAAGAGUGAACGAGAACGAGCGUGAGUGAGAAAGUGUGAGAGCCAUUUCUUUUUACUUUUUCUUUUCUUCUUUCUUUUUUUUCUUUCUUUAAUAUCUUUUGAAAGAAUCGAUGCGACGUCGUGGCGUCGCGGUACCGACUGAAAGAAAGGAAUCACAAAACAAACACACACACACACACACACACACACACAUGACAUUUGUACGACGAAGCAUAUUUCUUAAGCUCAUAGGAGAGGGAGAUGAGAAGAAAUAGGCAAAGCGGAAACUCGCGGAGAUAAUGAAACUUCACGCCACGUCGAGAAUCACCCUACACGAAGAAAAAAGAAACGCUUAGGUUUAAGAGACGUGAAAAUGGAGAAAAAGGAGGAGAAGAAGGAGAAAAAAAGAGGAAGAUAAGAAAACGGAGAGGAACUUUUUAAAUCGUUCUUAGCGACUAUCCACGUUUUACUUUCUACAUUUUUAUUACCGCUGAACAAUCUAUCGCUGCUAAGACGAUAUUCACCCCUAGCUGAUAAGAUGGACAAGCUGCUGCUAAUUCUAUGGAUUAUGAUAAAGCUACAUCUCUACCACUUAGUACUUUUUAUUAUCGGACGCUGUAAGUUGCGUUAAGGGAUAUAUCGAGCGAAAAACGACCGUUCAUAUACAUAUAUACAUAUAUAUACAUAUAUAUAUAUAUAUAUAUAUAUAUGUGUGUAUAUAUAUAUAUAUAGGCUGCCAAUUUUGAUCGGUUUGUAGAAAGAGGAAAGCGAUGAAACGAGAAUAGAGUGAGAGGGAGAGAGAGAGAGAGAGAGAGAAACACGUGUGCAAAGAGCGAGAAUGGGGAAAAAGAAUUUUGGAAAGAGUUUGUGAAUGGAACAAUUCGAAUAGGAAUGGAGGAGGGAGAGCGGGGAGAGGUUUAUAGCAGUUAAUUGUUUGCACUUGUCGCGCGUGUUAAACAUCGGGUAACGACAUAUAAAAUAAUUGGAGGAAAAGCAAAGGAAAUACCCGACGUAUGAAAAUAUGUACGAUUUAAUAAGAAGAAGGUUCGUAAAAUGGUUAGGCUGUCUAUGGGAGAUUCGGGACUCUAAGUCGAUCUUAGAACGUUUGUUGGUCUCUGACGUAAUCUAUGUGAUGUUUCUCGAAGAGCUCGACACGUUAUGGGGAUCUAAAUGAAACAUUUAACGCGCGGUAUAAUAAAUUCAUUAGGUCUACCUUGUGUAUAUAGAAACAUAUAUAUAUAUAUAUAUAUACACAUAUAUAUAUAUAUUUAGAAAAAUCCUAUAUAUAUUAUAAUAAUUAUUCUUAUCCUUAUUAUUAUUAUUAAUAUUAUUUUUAUUAUAACAAUUUUAAUAAUUAAUAUUAUUUUUUAUUAUUAUUCUAAUUAUUAUUAUCAUUAUGUAUAUGUAAAAACCGCGGACUGAACGAGGAGGCACGCGACGUUUUUAUUUUCCCUUUCUUUUUUAUUCAUUCUUGUACAUUCUUGCACCGACAGAUCGAACGGGGGAAAAAAACGGGAAACGAUACGAUGAGUAAGAAUAUCAUAACACACACGGGCGAAUACUAAGCGAACCACAAGUAUGUUUCUAUUCAGAGACUUUUUUACCAAACGAUCCAGUUGCGUUACUUGCAAAAGUUCGAGCAUAUUCAAAUAGGAAAAAAAGAAUUUUAACUACAUAGCACACAGGGAGGAAAAACGCGAUCAGACGAGAUCAAUUAUCCUUUUCUUUUUCCUCCCCGCAAGAGUGAGAAACCGUACAGCUCACCGUACAAAACCUUCGAAUAAGCUUAUGUAUACACACACAUACAUAUACAUGUAUGCACUAGACAUACAUAUACGUACAGAAGUCACGGAGAGCCAGUGUUUGUUAUUAGUAAGUAAUUAAAUAGAUUAGGUUGGCUGACGUGGAUCGGUCAGGAUCGAUCAAGAGGAACGCUGUGUGUCUUUUAGUCAGCCAAAACGAGUUACGUUUCGAUUCUGUGCGACGAACCGGACGACUCGCCGGAUAUUUAUACCGUGGACCGGUCCACGUAAUCGUCCGCAGCUUUCCCGCGAUGUUAACAAACAAAAUUAGGACGAAUUAGAACGAAUUUUGGGGAACCAUCGCGCGUCCACGAUCUCUAUUGCAUAUCCUCGUUCGGUCAGGCUACCGUUAAUCCCCUUUCGGUUCUCUUCAGAAGCCAAUUUUUCGAAAAAUAUAUAUAAAAAGGAUAUAUGAUACAAAAUUAUACUAUAUGAAAAGCAACGAGAAAGAAAAUACCCCUCGCGUAGGCAGCCAAAACUCCAUGGUUAUCUAAUAAAUGUAUAGAGUUUGAAGCUUGGAUAUUUAAAAGUUUUACAUAAAUUUUAGAAAUAUUCAAAGGGAGGAGAUCCUUGUUAUAAUCGUCCCGGAAGAAUAUCUUCGUUAGGAAGUGAAAAUUGGUAAGAGAAAUAUAGAAAUGGAUAGCUGGUUGCCUACGUUAGGGUUAAACGAGCCGCUUAUUUGCCACUUUUAAAUCAGUUAACUGCACGAGACGUAAAACGAGGAAAAUUAACACGUUCCAUACGGGAGGAUCUCUACGAGUCCUAUCUUCUGUGACGAAAACAAUUCGUUUUACUUGCUCCUAGAGAAAAAAGAUGAACACGCAUUAAGUCGUUUAAAAAUAGAAAAAGAAAUAAAGAAGAAUGACGUCGAUACGUAUACCGACGUCGUCACCGUAUAACUUCCUCUUCCUCGACGUAUGUGUCGACUUCGCAUUGAACGUGUGUUGAUCAAGUUAUAUAAGAUAAGCGUCGAUCAAGUGCUUCGACGCUAACAUUUCAGAAAUAUGGAAAAGUGGAGGUAACCACUUUGGCCUGUAAACGGCUCAAAUACAGGUGAACCAGUGGGAAGAAAUCGAAACGAAGAGGGGAACAGGUGCCGACCGAACGAUCCUCGACUUUCAAGGCCGCGCGACGGGAUUCGUCCGGUGCACGCACAACGCAAUAUCCACCAAGUGUUCAAAGUUGGUUCGGUGUGGAACGAAGAGAGGGUGGGUGGAGAGACGUUAGGACGAGGAGAACGAGUUGCUUCCCAAUAAAAGUAGGAUUUAAGGGGAAUCGGUCCAGAGUUGAGAUUAGGUACGCUGUAUCGGAACAAACAACACGAAGUGACAGAGACGUUUAAACAAAGAUUUGGCUGUGUCAAUGUCUCUAACGAUUUUUUAUUCGUUCGUAACGCUUUCUUUUUUCUACUUGAACGAUUUCUAAACAAAGAAAGAGGGACGCAAUGGAAGAGUGAAAGGGAGGGAGAGAAUGUGGAAGGAAAAGUCGACGAGAAAGCCGGAGAGAAAGAGAGAGUGCAGGCGAGAGAAGAGAAUAAGAAGAGCGCACACCGGUUAGGAAAAGAGAGAAGAACACCACGUUCGAAAGUCGUUCGCCGUCGUCGUUCGUCGAACGACUCGCUCGUUUUUUGCGCUACCGAAGUUCGGUUUUCUUCUUUCCUGAGGCUUCGUUUAUCGUUACCACCGUUCGUCGGCUUCAAAAGAGACAUUUUCAUGUUAAGUCUCUACUGUUACCUCGGCGAUGAGAUUGUGCAGCUUCGUGCACGUAAGAUAUUAAUCACUGCCAAGGGAGAAGAGAAAAUUGCGAUUACUUGGAGAAUUUGACGUGUCAGUUUUUUGUGGAAUAUCGAGGUUGAAAUUGUUCGAAUUGUGUCAAUGUGUUCGAUGAGAAAUGAGAUAAAAUGUAAUGUAAAUGAAGAAUGGUACAAUGGGUUUCGAUAUGGAAGCCCGGUAGGAUAAAUUCAUACUAGAAAUUAUUGGAAAACUGUAUUUAACGAUUGUUAGAAAUUGUAAGUGCGAUUUGCACAUAAAGUAUCACUGCCAGAAAGACUAAGAUCGUUUAUUAAGAAAUUCAGCUUUUAGAACCUUGUAGAAUUUUUAAACGAAACUCGUUUUAACGGCUGCGUAGAAGUUGUUCGACGCGAGCGGAGAAGUUCGACAUCGUUGAAUUUUAAUUUCAUAUCGUGUCAAUAUCUUUUUUAAGGAACUAGAAGGCGCGUGAUAUCUUGCAAUCGCAAGACGGAAAUUGAAAAAUUAUAUUUGCCUCUACUUAGCAGAUACAAUCUGCUGUAACUUUAUAACGAAACGUUUCUCUUUUUCUAUUUUUGUGUUACAUUUAUAUAAUACAUCGUAUCUAAAUCUACGCCGUUAAAGCUUCAAAAGAAGCUGCUUCAUUCGAUGGAAGAAAUACCACUUUACCUGCAACCGAUGAUACAAUACAAUACAAAAAUUCCACGCAAAAAUUAUAAAAGAAAAUUUACAAUCUACGCGAAACUUCUCCGUUCACAGCGAACGAUAUUUAUUUAGGUAUAGCGCAAUGUCUGUCAAAGCAUAAAAUAAAACAUAAAAAGAUAGAAGGCUUUUUUAAAAGACAUGUUGACACAGUUCAACCGCGAGAAAAUCGAUUAAACGAUCGUCGGAUAAAAUGAAGACAAACGAUCGGAACCGUAGGAAGGAAGAAAACUAACGGAGGAAAAAGCAAUCGUCGGUGCUUGAGGAGAAAUCGACGCAAGUAGCGAUAGCAAGAAAAACACUUUUCCCGCCGUUCGUUGCAUUUUUCCUCGCCGCGAAUCGUCCUCGACUUUUUCUGCCAUUGUGUCAGCGAGUAAACGGAACACGCGUUUUCUCUUACGGUUCGAGAAAGAAAAACCUUUUCUUCGAAGAAGGUUUCCCUUCUCACUCGUUCAAGAGUACUUCCAUCUGUUCUAUUUUACCGUUGUUCGAUGGACGAACGGGACGACAACGUCGUACGGUAUUGCUUUCUCUACUUGUAAAACGACUCUUUCGUAGACGGGUUAUUCUAGGACAUGCAUUGCUGACUAUACACUGCAGGCCAUAAGUAUUAGAACACAGACUCGUGACAUUUAUUGAAAAACUCGAGUAAAUUUUACUUUACUAACAAGUGUUUCGCAUUCUAAGGUACGUAUGACGCGAACGAAGCAACAGAUUCGCGAACAAUUAGAAAUAAUUAGAAGACGAAAGAGGCGAAGAACAUUCAAAUAUCAUCGGGUGUCCUAACGCUUAUGGUCGGCUGUGUAAGUAUUAGGACACCUACUCGUUACUCGUUAUUGCUCAUUUCUUAACCAGAAUUUACAAUCAGACAGCUUUUGUAAUCGUUAAACCGUGGAUGUUCGUGCAUUUGUGAGAAAUUUAAAUGUGCAACAGCGUACAGAAUGUACGUAAUACAGGCGAAAAUAUAGAAAAUAUCCAAAGCGAAAUACUCUUUAUAAUAUUUCAAGGAGGAGACAAGAUUCUCUAUUUGAAAUCCACUUGUUUAAUUGUGUCGAUAGAAAGAGAAAAUCGCACGAACAUCCGCGAUCUAACAAGCGUGAAACUAAAAGCAAAUACAGACAAAUUAAUUACAGCCAGUACAAUUUCUAGGCCUUGUAACGUAAACACAAUACAAUUGAUUUUUAAGAGAAAUUAUAAGAACAUAAUUAAAAAUAGGACAUCUAUAAAUAGAGAAAUUAUUGUAUCCAAAAGAUUGUUAAUCCGAGUAACGAGUUAACUCAUCCUACCUCCUGGUUAAAGGGUUAAAGAUCUCCAACAAAUUUUACUUUAUUUAAUAUUUUAUAUUAUAAGGCAUAUAUGAUGCGAAUUAAAUAAAAAAUAAAAGCAGUAAAAAGCACUCGAUUUGCACUGAGUAUGAGCAAGUGUGGUAAUACUUGUGGCUGACGGAACCUAUACAGAAAAAAGGAACAUCACUGGCCGGAUCGUUUUGGAAUUAAAAGAUCGUCUUUUCAAAAUUUUGAUACUCGUAUUGUAUUAUAUACACUAUACACAGCGUCCCGACAUUUGUAUACGUUUACAAAUUACCCUUUUUGCGGAGGAAAGAACGUCGAACCUCGACGAUCGACGUAGAUGUUGGAUCCUAAGAAGCAUAUAAAAUAACAGAGAAAAAAUAGAGGGAAGAUAAAGAAUGAAACACCGUGAAUCAUCAAGAGUUUUACGAUUUCAAACUCGCCCAAGAACUCUGGAAUUUCUAUGAAUAAUAAAACUGCCAUUCUUUGAUAAUCACAUUCCUGCGAAGCAGAUUGCGAAUUUUUAUGCAUUUAUAUGAAAUUUGAAGAUGCUAAAGAUAUUAAGGUAAUACGCAAGAACGUGUAACAUAUUCAAAGUAUAGUACUCGUAACGAUAUUUUGUGGCAAAAACAAUUUUCUACUUAGAUUUCAUUUAUUCGAUCAUAACCAUGAAAACAUGAAUUUAUUUGAAUAGAAAGAUAUUUGUAAAUUAAUCUACAUGAUUUUAAGGCAUAAAAAUGCGCAUUUUAUCGACCACAUUUAUCCACCUGAAUCAAUGCAAAUCCGGAGAGAAAACGUGAAUUUUCUAAUCGAUCGGUAACAGCGUUCGAAUCUCGCGAAUACCGAUCAUCGAUCGUCGAGUUCGAUGGAAAACAGUAUAAUUCUCGUAUCGUACAACGUUAGGCAGACAGCGAUCGCGCGUAAUCCGUAGUUCGAACGAAACACUCGCGGUCCUCGAGUUGAUCAGUUCGAGGAAGCUACACACGCUUUUUGCACUAAAACUACAAUAAGACUGAGAAAACGUUUUUUAUACAUGUUGACGUGAGUCACGAACCACGACACCGUCUACGAGGGACUUUCUCGUAAUUCAGAAUCUUCGUGCGUUGCACCCUUGCGGUCUGUACGACCGAAAUAUCGAUGAACCAGCCGUACCGUGAUCUCUUCAUGGAGCUUACGAUGGAAUUAAUACAGCCAAAUCCUCUGCGGACGAUGUUUUUCACGUUUCUUCUAGCUCUGGCUUCUUCUUCGCAAACACGAGUCGAUGGAACAUGUAAUCGAGCGAUGAGAAUGGAACAUAGCAGACGUGAAGAUGAGAAUUCGAAAGGGGAUGUUUAAAUUAGACUUUUGGUUUUUCAUGGUUUGUGCGAGAUUAGUUUGAUUAUCGAGGCUAUUUGCUGAUUUAUUACUGCCAGAUCUUAGGAGUUAAUAUAAUUAUAGAAAGUGAAUGUAGGAGAAUGGAAGAUAACAAAUCUAUGGUGCUGGAAUUUCCUAAGUUUCCUAUGAUAUAAUAUUGCAAAACGCUAAAGUGAUUUAGAUGAAAGUUUAAGGUAUUAAAUUCACUGUAUCUUCGCUUUUAGUCGAAUCAGGAAUAUAGAUGAUCGCGUAUGUAUCAAGACACCUUUUGCUUCAUCUUUUGCAUCAUUUUUUAUUCGUGGCUUUUAGCCGUUAAAAACAUUUCUCGAGUUAAAGACUGGUAUAAAAGAACCGUUAUUAAUAUGGAUGAUUUCGUUGCUUAAUAUUUCAAUUUUAUUCAAAUGACUUGCUUGAAACGUUAAAGCCCCUUCGUUCGUCGAAACGAAAGAGAUCGAAGAAUAUGGAAAUGUAGAAACCAUAACAGGAUUAAGUAUAAAUACCUAUUGCCUAAUUUAUACAGUCGUCUUCUCUCGAGAGCAAGUUCACUUUUCUAUUCGUCUAAUAAAUCAGCGCUAGAAUUUUUGCGAAUUUGCGAAAUUAAAACAAGCACCAGAUGUAACAGAAUAUUCGAACAAAACGGUGAGGAUAGACAAAGGUGAUCUUGAUUAAAUAUAAAUGUUAAUGUAACUGUCUCUCGUAAAACUAAAUUAAUCCCCUUACUUCCCAACUGAUAAAUCGGUAGCGGAAAGAACUAAAAAUCUACAGAAAUAAAAUAAAAUAAAAUAAAAGAAAAAAAAAAAGUAUUCAAGCAAAAUGAAGGGAGUAGACAGCAAAAAUGGCCUCGAGCAAACGAGUGAAUCCGCACAGACUGUAUCUUCCCCUUCUCUACGCGUCUCACGGGAGGGACCCUGCCUUCCCGGGGUGAGAAUAGGAAUGUUGAGGGCGACGAGACGUGAUAUAACGCGUGAAUGUUUCGCUUUACAAAAAUAGUGCCUUUUUUACAAAGACUCUGUUGUUUGUGCCAAGUCGAGUUCAAGGAAUGCGAAUGCGUACACUCUCACAUAUAAACGUAUGACACGCGUAGAGACAUACAUAAAGACACAUUUUACACACACAUACACAGACACACACACACGUAGGCGAAUAUCUGCGAGACUUACGAGAGAGGGAAGCGACCCAGGGGGAAGAUGUAGAUUUAGAAAGAA